UGAAGAGAAGGUAGAGUUAAAGCGCUACCCUCUCUCUUAGCACAGAGGACGGCAGCUGUUGGCCCUGAGGCGUCUUCCUCUUUCCAUUUCCUGCCAGCCCAGCAGUUUCACUUUCCUUUGUCAGCCAGCAACUGGGGAAGGAGGUAGGGACAACAGGCAGGCCAAGCCCCUUGGGGUGAGAGAUUCCACCUCCGCGUCUUCACCACUUCAAGCUGGAAGCAAGAUUUCCUGCUGGGCCUGAACCAUCAAGACAUCUUGAAGUGAGAAGAACCUCAGGAAUCAGGAACAGAAGAAGCACAGGGAGCAGUUACAAUGGCUUCUAAAAUCCUGACUGACCUAGAGAAGGAGGCAACCUGCCCCAUCUGCCGGAAACAGCUGACAGAGCCGCUGGGUCUAGCUUGUGGUCAUGCCUUGUGCCCAUCCUGCAUCACUGUGGACAGAGAGGAGGCAGAGGAGGGCUCAGGAAAGGAGUGCAGCUGUCCUGUGUGUGGCACCGGGUCCCCCCAUGAAAAUCUAUGGGCCAAUCAGCACCAGGCUGACACAGUGGAGAAACUCGGGGAGUUGAAGCUGAACACAGGUGUUGAGAAGAAGAUAGCUUUCUGUGCCCUCCAUGGGGAGAAACUUCAACUCUUCUGUAAGGAGGACCAAAAGGUCAUUUGCUGGCUCUGCGAGCGUUCUCAGGAACACUGUGGCCACCACACGUUUCUCGUGGAGGAGGUAGUCCAGGAGUGCCAGGAGAGAGUGCAGGCAGCUCUGCAGAGGCUGCGGGAAGAGCAGCAGGAAGCUGAGAAGUUGAAAGCUGCCAUCAUGGAAGACAGAAUUGCUUGGAAGCAUGAGAUGAAGACAGAGAGACAAUGGAUAGAAAGUAAAUUUUGUUGGCUUAGAAGAGCCCUGCACAAUGAGAAGCAGAGAGAGCUGCGCAUCCUGGAGGAGAAAGAAAGGAAGACGCUGGCUGACUGGGAGCAAGCCGAGGAUGAGAUGCUUCAGCAGAGCCAGGUUCUGGAAGAGCUCAUCUCAGAGCUGGAGCAUCGGAGCCAGUGGGCAGCCGAGGAGCUGCUGCAGGACACAAGUGGAAUUUUGAAAUGGAGUGAGAUCUGGACAGUGAGGAAGCCAAAAACUCCUCCCAGGAAAACAGACACUCGACUGGAGUUUCCAGACCUGCGCAGGGUGCUGUGUCUGUAUAGAGAGCUAAAAGAUAUCCAAGGAUACUGGGAGGAUUUUACACUGAAUCCAGUCAACCUGAAUUUGAAUCUUGUCCUUUCGGAAGAUCACAGACAAGUGAGAGCUGUUCCCAUUUGGCCAUUUAAGAGUGAUAAUUAUGGUAUUUUAGGCUCCCAGUAUUUCUCCUCAGGAAAACAUUAUUGGGAAGUAGAUGUAUCCAACAAGACUGCCUGGGUCCUGGGCGUGUACUGUAGAAAACCUUCUGUGAAGCUGGCUAGCCGUCUCAGCACUGCCCACUUGAAAACUUGGUCAAGGUACAAACCGGAACAUGGCUACUGGGUCAUAGGGUUACGGAAGAAACAUGGGUAUCGUGCCUUCGACGAAUCUCCUACCUUUGAUCCAAAGGUUUUGGCCCUUUCUGUGGCCAUUCCUCUCCGUCGCAUUGGAGUUUUCCUCAGCUUGGAAGCAGGCACUGUCUCCUUUUUCAACAUCACAGACAAUGGAUCGCUCAUCUACCAGUUCCAUAAAUGUUGCCAUCCUCAGCCCCUUUAUCCCUAUUUCAAUCCUGGGAACUGCCCAGCCCCCUUGACUUUGUGCCGCCCCUGAGUUUUCCCAUCCCUCCAUCUGCUUGUAGGACUCCUGUCUUGAGGUCAUCUCUGGCACCAGAGUGCUUCUGUACUGUUCAGACCUCCUCUUCCUGGUGGUUUCCCCUCCGUACUUGGCAGCUUUUAUCAUCCCGGGGAGGUGCAGUGUAUUUGCUUGGGUCGGAGAGAAGUGAAUUCGUCCCACUUCAUAUUCUCACAGACAUCAAUCCCAGCCAAAUAUUGAUCCCUCUCACUGUAAGAGCCAUAUCCUCCCACUUCUCCGUAUUUCUCUUGAUCAUUGAUCUCAAGAUACUUGGAAAAGCCUGUUAGCAAACUACUCAUAUUGUGUAGGAUAACCUGUAAGAACCGCCCCCAUGAACUGCAUCACAACCUAAGAUUCUUUACAAACAAAUAUUAGGGUGUGCUACCCAGUUCCAUCUGGGAAUCCAGGAGAAAAAAACAACCAAGAACAGGCAACAUACCCGGAGUUACAUUGCGAGUGUGAGUUCAAAGCCCAUUACUUCUUCCAUAAGCUCUGUGAAAUUUUGGUUAUGGAUAAAUUCCGGGAUUCUCUCUUCUAAAAUAUAGAUUGGGAUUUACUCUUAAACUGAGUGGUAGGAACCAAAUAUCACUAAAUGUAAAAUAUCUACUUAAAGUGUUUACUGUAUAAUAAAGUUAGUUGCCUUUGUGAUUACUGAAGGUUCCAAGCUAAGAUAUAUCCUGUACAUCAAUUUUGUAGCUUCAUAGUAAUAGUAUUUGUACUGAAAAUUUGGCUUUCAAGUUUGAGAUUCUGCAGCCAACCCUACUCUGUUCAGAUUUUGUUUUAUAAAAUAUUCCAACCUCAGUCUUCUAUGUUUGUUAAAGCACCUCAUGAUGAACGGGUCAGAAAACUAUGAAAGAAGCAGUUUCUACCAUCUGUCAGAACUAAGAGUCAUUUGUAUGGACAGUUGUUAGAAGCCACAGUCUUCUAGGUGUUUUCCAGACAUUUCCUGGAUGACCACUACUAGUAAUAAAUGUUAGUUACUGGUCCCUAUGCUUUUCUUUCUUUGUUUUUAAACUACUCUAAAACUCAGGAUAAAUUUUCAACCAUGGUUUUUAUAUUACACAUUGCUGUCCUCAAUAUAGUUGCUUAGAUUGCAGGUCUUCUGAAUGUGUACUGUAUCUAAUGUUUUAUUAAGUAUUAUUACAGUCUCUGUAAAAUAAUUGUUUUAAAGUAAAAAAGACAGGAAAGAAAAUUAAGGUUUAUUGAAAGCAAGAAUAUUCAAUGAUUUGUCCAAUCUUGCAAAACUGUAUCUGUUAGUCUGAGCAACAGAAUUGAUGAUAAAAUAGAUAGUUUAAUAACCAUUGUUAAUUUGCUAGUCUUGUUUUGAAAAUCUGUAACA